AUGACCGAUUAUCUAAAGUUUCAAUCAUUACCAUCUGGUAGACAUAAAGAUAAAAAACAUAUCAUUAUAGUGGGUGCUGGUAUAAUGGGGGUUUGUACCGCCUAUUAUCUUGUAACUCAUCCUAAAUUCGAUCCUGAAAAAUAUCAUAUUACAAUCAUUGAAAGUAAAAGAGUUGCUAGUGGUGCUAGUGGGAAAGCAGGUGGUUUAUUGGCCUUAUGGGCUUUUCCAGCUCAAAUAGUACCUCUAUCGUUUGAUUUACAUCAAAAAUUAUCUGAUGAAUAUAAUGGGGUUGAUGAAUGGGGUUAUAGAAGAUUAACUACUGUAUCAUUAGAAGGUGACUUAACUCACCUUGACGAUGAAGAUGAAGACGAAGAAGACGAAGAAGAAGAUUCAGCCCAUCAAAGUGAUGGAAUAGUAAUAACACCAAGUUCUGAAAAGAAAAAUGAUGCCACCACUGAGAAUGAAAAUGAAAAAAUUGAAGAUUCUAUAAAAAUACCGGUAUCUCAUGAUUCAGAUUCUUCUUCAUCCAUCAAUAAACCUCCUAAAAAGACAUCAAGAGCAACUCGUCAAUCAUCAAUACCAAGUGAUUCAAGUUUCACCACCAAUAAUACUGCAACUAAUAACAAUAAUAAAUCUAAACACACAAAAAGUAAAUUACCAACUGAUUUAAACUGGAUCAAUUCAGCUUUAAUCAGUAAUUGUUCAACUUUGGGUGGUACUGAUACAACUGCUCAAGUGCAUCCUUAUAAAUUCACCACUUUUAUCUUAAAGAAAGCAGUUGAAUUAAGUAAGGGGUCCAUUGAAUUCAUCAUUGGUAAAGUUAACAAAAUCCAAUUUUCAUUGGAAACUGGUUCAGCAACUGGUGUAAGUUAUCAACCAUCAUCAUUAAAAUCAGAUUAUUCAUCAACCGCUCAUACUAUUUCCGGUGAUCAAAUUGUAUUAACUGUUGGUCCUUGGACUUCAAAAAUUUUACCUGAUUGUCCUAUAAGUGGAUUAAGAGCUCAUUCAAUCACAGUAGCUCCAUUUAAGGAUCAAACCGUCUCCCCUUAUGCCAUUUUCACUGAAUUUAAAACAGGUCCUUAUAAAUAUAUUUCUCCUGAAAUUUAUGCAAGACAAGAUGAAGUUUAUGUAUGUGGAGAAGGGGAUUCUACUGUGGAUGUUCCUGAAACUACUGAUGAUGUUGAAAUUGUAAAAUCAAAAUGUGAUGAAUUAUUCAGACAAGUGGGUAAAAUAUCGCCAAAUUUGAAAAAAGGUCAUACUUUAAAGAGACAAGCUUGUUAUUUACCUGUACUAGAUGUUCCAUCCUCAAGUGGUCCAUUAAUUGGUGAAACUAAUGUAUCUAAUUUAUUCUUAGCUUCUGGUCAUUCAUGUUGGGGUAUAAAUAAUGCUCCUGGAACUGGUAAGAUUAUGAGUGAAUUAUUAUUAGAUGGAGUGGUUGCUUCUGCUGAUAUUUCUGCUUUAGAACCUUUCCUUUAUUUUGAUGCAAGUGUCUUAGUAAGUGACGAUGAAGAAGAUUAUGAUGAUGAAGAUGACGAUGAAGAAGAUGAUGAAGAAGAGGAAGAAGAUGUUGGUGGUGCAGCUGAUGCUGAAGAUGAGGAUGAAGAUGAUGAUUAUCACGAAGCUACUGAAACAAGUUCAGAAACUGCUCCAAGUGACCCAGAAUGGUCAAAAGAAGCAUAG